CAUUCCUUAGGAACACCAGUUCGAAUCUCGGCUUCUUCCAAGGAAUAUUAUCAACAUAAGGAUGAUCAACGUCCUUAUAACAGGAGGAUAUUCGAUGCGGGUUCUAACAUCGCCGGACCAAGAAGGAAGUAAAAUAGCUCUGGCGUUGCAGACCGUCACAGACAGCGCAGUGUUAUCGACGUUGAGCAACCGUCUCGUGUACUCACCUACAAGAGGCAUGGCGCUGAUCCUGAGGAUCGUCCUGCUCCUGGGAUGUGUUCACGUUAUCUAUUCCACCUGCCCGCCCUGCGUAUGCUCAACGACUGCUUACGGCAAAAUCAUCGCCAACUGUUCCAACAGAAUGCUGACCAGUGUUCCUCCAAACAUCACUUCUAAUGUAUCCCAUCUCCUUAUGUCUAACAACAGCAUCAACGAAACAGGUCAGUUUAAAAGGUUCACAUCAAUGGAAUACCUGGACCUGUCUCACAACGAACUGACGUCUCUGGAUGUGCACAGUUUUGAGGGAGCGGUAAACCUGACAUUCUUGAACCUUCAUGGCAACGGGUUGCUGUUGAACAACAUAAGCUACCCAGACAGAACAUUUCAAAACCAGACUAAGUUGCAGUAUUUGAAUAUUAGCGGAAACGCCAGAGACCUGGCCGCAAAGUACCCGGAUGUAUGUCUAGGCAACUUGGUGGCGCUUCAAACAUUCAUCGUUGAUGGCAUAGAGAACGUAACAUUUGGUGAAGGGUUUGCUAAACUGAAGAAUCUCACAAUUCUUAGUUUGUCAGGAAAAGGAGGAAAUUGUUCGAUUGAUAAGCUUUAUAAUGAAUCCUUCCAGAAUACACCAAAUUUAAGGCAUCUUGAUAUCAGCUACUGUGAUAUUUCAUUCAUUGAACCAAACGCAUUUGGUCCACUGAGGAACAUCGAGACGCUUGAUCUUUCGUUUAACACUCAUCUUGGCUUUGACAAACUGGGUGAUUCUCUCUACGGCCUGCAGCAUUCACCUCUUAGGGUUUUAAAGUUUAAUGGUAUCGUCAGACCACAUGCUAUCGGUAUUGAAAUGACAGCUCAUCAUUUAAGAUAUUUGGACAAUAUGAAUCUUAUGGAAUUGCACUGUGAUGCAAACAGAAUUGAGCGUUUGGGCCACAAUUGUUCCGGAAAACUUAACAAGGUUCAAAUAGUAUCAGCACAGGGUAAUAGAUUCACAUUUGGGUAUUAUAUUUUCACCCUUGCUAAAAUGAAAAAUCUUCGUAAACUUUAUCUGAUGAACCAGUACCCAUCAAGUAAAAUCACACUUCCACCUGAGGAGGCUGUCGAUGGUGAAGGGAAUCAUUUGAUGACGAGAAGGAGUUUAGAAAGGAAACCUGUAUUCAAACAAGAUCCGGAAGUCUUCCAACGUCAUAACGACAUCAACAUAGACAGCUCUCUGACUGAGAACAGUGUAUUGAUACCUCCCAAUCUCACAUUUGUAAAUGCAAGCAUGAGUACGUUAGAUUAUACCAUUACGGAAAUAUAUUUCAUACACAAUAAGGUGAAAGUACUUGAUCUUUCACGGAACGUGUUUUCAGAAUUGAAAGGUCCAAUUCGUGGGGUAGAUUUUCUCGAAUUCCUUGAUCUCACAGACGGUUACUGCAAGUUAAUUUUUCCUACGUUCUUUAUGUAUGCUUCGAAUCUAAAAGUUCUUAACAUGAGUAAAAAUUAUUUAUCUCAUUCACUUCAGUCUGAUGUGCAUGGGCACUUAUUUUUCAACCUUACAAAACUGGAAAUACUACGACUUUCAAAUAACAUCCUUCUUGAUUUACCAUCACCUAUUUUCAAAAGCCUUUACAAUCUUCGGAUUCUUGAUUUAAGCUGGAACACUAUGAAGACAUGGACUGUGAUGAUCAGCCAUAUGUCAUUUCUCACUUCUUUGGAUUUGUCAAACAACAAAUUUGAGUAUGUCCCAAAAUAUCUGACAGAUCAAAUUGGUCAAAUAAUGAAACCGAGAAAUGACACAUUUCACAUGAACAUCCAAGGCAACAAUCUUAUAUGUGAUUGCAGUACACUUCAGUUCUUAGAAGCACUAUCGAAGGCCCGGAUUUCCAUCGAAAGACCUAAUGUUACGAGGUGUCGAUUUACCAAUGGAGAAAGAACAACAUUUCACAAUAUAGACAAUAUUGUAUGGAAACUGCAGCAACAGUGUAAAAUAGAUGCUCCAUUAUUUGCCGCAACACUGUCUGGAAUCAUAAUCUUCUUGCUGAUAGUGGCAGGUGGUGUAAUUUACCGAUACCGGUGGAAGAUACGCUAUCUGUACUAUACUACAAGACGCAAAUAUAGAGGAUAUCAGAGACUUCAAGGACAAGAAGAGGAGGAAAAUUUCACCUACGAUGCUUUCGUUUCAUAUGCUGAUGAGGACAGAGGGUUUGUUGUUGAAGACAUGCGUCACAUGCUGGAGCGACACUAUGGCUUGAGACUUUGCAUACACCACCGAGACUUCAUGGUCGGAGAAGCCAUCACUGCCAAUAUCAUCAACGCUGUUCAGGCGAGCAGGAAAACCAUUAUUCUUCUGUCACCUAACUUCUCCAAGAGUGCGUGGUGCGACUAUGAGGUCCACAUGGCCAAGCUGGAGAGUAUUCACACAGGUAGGGACGUCCUGUGUGUCGUGUGGUAUUCUGACGUGCCUGAUACCAGUCGGCUGAGCAGAGACCUGCAGGAUGAGAUUAGGUAUGGAACCUACAUGAGGUAUCCUACAACUGAGGAUGAGAAACCAGAGUUCUGGGAGAGGCUCAAAGCAACCAUAAGUUGUCAAAUGCCCUAAGCUAUCAGCUGUCAGCUGGAGAAGGUUGUAGGUUGAAGGUUGUCAAAAUUUGCAAAAUCUUAGGCAUCCGAGAAAUAUACAUAUCUUGAGUGCCUUAAUGUUACAAAGUUUGCAUUCAAACGCCAAGCUUGUUAUGUUUAUAACACGUAUGUACUCGGAAGAAUGAUACAAUGAGUUCAUUAUGUUUAUUCAGAGUGCAAUCAGAUUAUUCUUGUAUCAUAAGUUCUAUAUUCAUGUAUGGUGGUAUCAUAUUCGUAUCACUUGUAAUUUGCGUAUCACUGUUAUUGCAAAAGUGUUGCACUCGGAGCAGAAGAUAAUGGCGGUAUGUUUGAGAGAUACAUUGUAAAACAACGGCUAUGGGACAGUCAACGAACUUACAUGGAAACAGAGACAAGAAAUGAAGAUGAGCAAAGAUACGGAUCCAUCUAAACAUUAGUUUUUUCAAAAUGAGAAACUGUCGUCUGCUCCAAGACGUAUUACCUACGCUUUAACAACAGCUGUUAACACGCAAUCCGAUUCCUCUACUAACUCUCAGUCACGUGACAGAGGAGAUUCACCCCACUCACCCAGGGGCAAGGAUACCAAUACAAGCCGCUCUCAGGGGCACAAAUAGGGGUGUGGUCAGUGCUCGAAUCGUAAGUCAGUGGAUGUGAACCUGUUCUGGAACAUACCUGGACUGCGAUCGAAGACAGCUGACUCUGAGUGUUUUUCAUAUUUCAAAUCACUUUAUACCAACUGUUUGACAGGAACCUGCAUUGACAAACGUGAUGAAAGUAGCAUAGCUGUAAAACAGCAUUGUCAGGCGGAAUAUAUGUUUUUGUAUAAAAACAAUGUGGCAUAAUUAACUUGGGUGAAAGACAGCUGUAUUGACAAAGCGAGUUUUUGUUUGAUAUAAAUAUUAUUUACUGUUAUGUUUUACAUUCAUUAAGAAAAUUCUACAUGGUAUAGGUUUGCUGAUUCAGAGAACGCCAUUAAACUACAAUAUUGUUAGAAAUUGAUGACCAGAUGGGUGAAGUAUCAUGUACAUCGGACAGGGACUAUAAUGCAAGGACUUGGAACAGAGCUAGGUUUGGUUGAGGAUGAUUUUCUCGAGUAUUCAGAUGAUCAAAAUAUCUCAUUAUAUUCGGAUCUUAUAUUCUGUUAAUAAAGUUUUUAAAAUGUUUAGUAAAUGAUUUAACUUAUAUACUCUGUAUUAAAUGUAUGCAUUACGAAUAGAAACUGUGGACGUGAUUGCUAAUAUGGUAAUAUUAGAGCUAGUGUAAUAAAUUACAUAAUGUACAUCAUUGCCAGAGUAGAUACUGUUUGUAUUUGUGAAACGUGACUUUGUGACUCGGGUAAAGGAGAUUUCACAUAUAUUAGUAAUAUUGGAGUUAGUGGAAUAGAUUACAUCAUUGCAACUGUAGAUAUUUGUUUGUAUUUGUGAAACGUAUCUCGUCACCAUCAACGAGUCACAUCAUCAUCCACUUGUGAUGACGUUACGUGCGUCCAACACCCCCGCGUUUCAGGUUUGUCUUAAAUUCAAGUAGGACAAAAAUAAGGAGGACAUAUUCGUACGUAAUACGUCAUCAGAACCUUUGGAAAGAGGCGUUGUUGCUUUUUUAAUUUUGAUGAAAGUACAUGCAUAUCACAGCAUCUUUCUUUGCUGCGGAAACUGUAAGAAGGGAAGUAAAGUCCCGUAGCAAUAUAAAACAUUUGUUCCAUUGUGAAUGUGAAUAACUUUAAAACGAACAAUGUGAUUUGAAACAUAUUUUUCUGAAAAAAAAUAAGCACCAUGAUUCACUAUCUUGCACGCGCUGACCAAGCUAAUUUUUUUUACAUUUUGGUCAUCUCUCCACACUCUCCUAGCACAAUUAUACGCAAUAUGCAAUGUUUACCCAGAUUCAGUGUGGUCUUACAUAGAAUAAUUACAUGAAGUUGUAUUAUCAUUAAUCAGAUAUAAUCAUUACUCAGAUAAUGAUUACUGCACACUUCCAGAAUGAAUGGAUCUGGAAAGCUGGUUUUUAUGUAUGUAUCUAUCUAUGCAUUCGAUACAAAUUGCCUGUUUACAUGUAAGUUUACUUAGACCUACUGUGGUUCACAUGGAAUGAUUAUAUGAUAAUGUACUAUUACUAAUCAGAUAUUAUCAUUACUCAGAUAAUGAUUAUUGUACACUUCCACGAUGACUGUGACCUGAAAGUUGGUUUGCAUGUAUGCAUGUAUGUACUAGUAUUCAAUACAAAGUACCUGUUAUAUGCAAGUCUACCUUGACCUACUGUGGUCCAACAGGGAUUAAGUAUAGGAUGACGUACUAUUAAUAAUCAUGUAUUAUCACUAAUCAGAUAAUGAUUACUAUACACUUCCAUGAUGAAUGUGAUCUGAAAGCUGGUUUGUAUGUACAUAGGUAUGUUUUCGAUACAAAUUGCCUGUUAUAUAAGUCUACCUAGACCUACUGUGGUCCCACAUGGAAUAAUUAUAUUAUGAUUAUGUACUAUUACUAAUCAGAUAUUAUCAUUAGUGAGAUAAUGAUUACUGUACACAUCCAUGAUGACCGUGACUUGAAACCUGUUUUUAUGUAUAUAGGUAUGUAUUGGAUACAAAUUACCUGCUAUAUAUAUAAAUCUACCUAGACUUACUGUGGUCCCACAGAGAAUAAUUAUAUGAUGAUAUACCAUUAUUAUUCACAUAUUAUGAUUAUUAAUCACUUUCAUGAUGACGGCGACUGAAAGCCGGUUUGUAUGUAUUUGAUAAGUGCCUGUUGUAUGUAACAUGUAUAUCUUUUGGGAAUAAAAAACUUCACUAUC